AUGAGCAUUGAAGAGUUCAAGCAGGUUCUCCCUACGGCGCGAGUCCUGUUGACCGGUGGCGACUGCGUCGAACAAUGGGGCCUCCUCUUGGAACGCUACGAUGGCGGCUUGCAGGGUCGCUUCGACAUCAAACCGCUCAAUAUUCUUUACCAAUACUUCCCAGGCCAGGAUGGCGGUAUCCCACAUGUGGCAGUCGCCGCAGCUGAUUUCGGCUUUGCCGCCACACUGGAACGCCCGACUCCGAUUCGAAAUUCUUGCCCGGAGCUGGAGCAAGCACCCCGCGUGCGGAAUGUCGACUGGGCUGCUGUCGGUAUCGAUGUAUCUGAUGACGAAGUUGCCACAACGAUUUCGACAGUGCGCAUGACAGUUACCAAGGGCAUGUCUCUAUCUGAAGAGGCACGGAUUGAUUUAGUUGACAUCUGUUUUUGCGUCUCUCCCAAGGGUCUCUUGGCGCUGGCUGAGCAGUUGGUUUAUGCGAUAGCUGGCGCAGUGCAAAAAUACAUCGGUUCUAUAUAUACUGCGGACCCUCAUCUUCAGGUACUUCCGGAGGAUCCUCCGUCUGACGUCUUCCAACCAAUUCGAGAUGGACUGCAGAUUUCGAUGUCUAGUGCGACUGUCGUGGGGCGGGCUGUCGACCAACAAGUGAGACAGAUUUUCAUGGUGGCGUGGGCGACGCUCGACCGAGACCUUCGCCAAGCGUGCCGGUACACGGCGGACGAGGCGUCAAACCCAGCAGUGCGCGCCGCAGUAGAGGCACUUCGAACAGGAUACGCGCCCGUUCCACAUGCAGCCAAACAAUAUUACGACUUGGUGUAUGCCAAGUUCAGAGACCAGGCGGAAGACCUGGAAUUUGGUCUCCCCUAA